UCGGUGCCCAUUCAACGAGUGGAGGCUGCUCGCGCGCCGGUCUCGCACACUCGCGCCUCGCACCACUUCGGUGACACACGCUCGACACACAACACUUUAUAAUCCAGUGCUAAUAUUAAUACAACACUAGUGACUUCCAAUUUCAAAAUUAAACUUGUGCUCUAAUUUUAAGUGUUGAAAGUUCGCGAGUGGUUUUUUUGCGACCAGUGACAAUUAGUUCGGUUGGAAAGUUCUUAUAUCAUUUUCCGACGUUUCGUUUAUCGGGAAUAUUUUGUUCGCAUGAACAUGAACUUGCCCAAAGGAGCUACAUCAAUGCGUUGUUCAUGGAUGUCUUUUUAACUGGUUUUCCCAAAAAGCUUUUGGUAGCUACUUCAGUACUAGUGAUAAUAGCAAUGGUUGUGAUGCCAUCCGAGGCGCGGACGCUGGAGCACAAGAUCCGGCAUGAGAGGCGGCAGCACGAGGCGCUCGCACUAACCAAAGACUUGAGGAUGAAGGCAGACACACGCGUGCUGGAGCACCGGCGGCGCCCACACAGGAAGCAACCCGUCCCGCCACAGACCAAAGACACGCAAGCCCUCAUCAGACAACAGAAAAACGUCCACGCCGACCGCUUCAAGAACGCGACGAAAAAGAUUAUAAAGAAACUGAAGAACACGAGGCGGUUCUUCAACGAGGAGCGAAGAGUUCUCAACGAGACGCGGGAGUACCGCGACGGUAUGCCCGACUGGCUGCCCACUAUCAACUUCGUCGACAUACACUUCUUCAACUACAAAAAACGCGGUGCGACCAUCUCCGAACGCAAAUUUGCGUAUUUGAUGCCGAAGCUGUACAAGUCUCUGGUGGAAUACCAGGAGAUCUUCCAACUACUCAUCAAAGUUGAAGUUGAGUUCGCCGACGAUCCCUUCUGCAGCUACAACAAAACCCGCCACGAGUUAAUAGGGAAAACUCUAACGAGAUUAUACAGCACUAUUGCUGAAAUAAAAGAAAACAUGGUAGCUGUUAACAUACAAGUACCGCAGGUAGCCAAAAGCAAGAGCCUACAGGUUUUAGAAAAGAGGGUUGACGCUCCGCAGUGCCUCAAGAAUGACUACAUAGCCUUUAGAGCGUACGGCAACCUUCUGAACAAUUGGUACUCAGAGUUCAGAUGUCCUCGAGGCAAGAAAGUGAUCCAUAGUAAUGUCCGAUGCGCUGCCUACGAGGCCAAACUAAAAGAAAAGAAAGAUAAAAGAAAUAAGAACACAGAAAGAUAGAAUAUAUGUUUGUUCAGUAUUGUGACGUAACUUAAUCUUCGCUUCGACUAAUUAUUUAUUUAAUUUACAAUUGGUAUAGUCCUGUUGUACUUAUUUAUUGGUAGGUGUGUAAGCGCACGCUCUCUAACACGACAGAUGUUGGUUGUAUUCGAAGUGCUUGACGAAACAAUGUUUUGUUGAUUAAGUAUUGGGUACUUUCUCUGUGAUAUUUAGUAUUCUGUAGAUAUUAAUCAUUAAUUUAUUGAAAGUUUUAGUUUUUAAGCCUUUCUGUUCAGUUCCUUUGUACUUAACUGUUAUAUUUUUCUGUUUCUCGUUACGGCGAAGCUUUAUUAUAAGUUUAUCUUAAUUUAUUGGAAUUUGACCAUCAGUAUUUAUUUAAUUUAUACUAAUCUCUUUAUUGCUAUACGUUCGAAUCUGAUUUCUAUGCAGUGCAUUAACAAAAUUUACUUAAUAUCUCUCUUUAAUGUAUCUCGAGUAUUAUUAGUAGGCAAAACAUGCCGUUUUAGCCAAGAAAGACUUUUAGCCUUAUAGUAAGUUGCUUAUUUACGUAAUAAGUAAAUUAUACAUAAGUUUGUAUAGAAACGUGCCGUUAGAUGUUAGUGAAUUAAUGAACUGAAUACCAUGUGAAUAUUACCUAUGUUUUAUAAAGGAGUUGCAUAAUUUUCCAAUGCAGAUGUUACUACAUGUGAAAUAUAAGUACAUGAUUUAAAUAAUAAAAUGAAAUAAAUGGAUUCAAUCACGUAA